ACUUUUUUUCACGUUAAUUACAUCAGAUUCUCUAGUCGAUUUUAUUUUCAAAACAUUGCAAGCCAAACAGCAGUCAAUCACACAAGGGGGAUCAUGUCCACGAAAGCCCGUCAUUCACUAAUCGCCCUUGUAGUCUUCAUGAUGGUUGAGAUCUCCGUUCAACGGCAGAGAUGCAUUUUUGGCAACUACUGUUCUGGUUCGUAUGGAGACAUGAAGGCCGUCUGUAAAGGCGGUUACUGCUACUGUACUGGGCAGAACUAUGGCUAUGAAUCCUGUUUGCCUGAUGCAUAUGGGUGUCGGAUCAUCAUGAAUUCCAAUAAUGCCCUUGGCAAACCACUUUACAACAGGCAACCUCGGACCACCUACAGUUGUACUCCUGGAAAAAGCUCCCCCCGGUACGAAGUACACGUGCUGUCGGUAUACGAGGUCAUCAACAGACGUCCCCCACGAGCAGGCGAUGCUACUGUGAAUAUCGUAAGCCAAGGAAAUCCAAAGAGAUCAAUUAUACUCGUACUAGCAAGCUACGAACCUGUCAASUGGAUUCUCAAUCUACCGACAGGGUUAACUAUCAGUAAAGUGAUUCUGGUUGCUUUUUAUGCGGUUGAGAGUUCUGUUACAGGAGACAUCAUCGGCCAAGUGCAGUCCAUUGAAAAAAGACAGACGCGAUGGGAUUCAGGAUUUGGCAGUGAUUCCGGGGGAGGCAAUACACCAAAGCUUCUCAACUAAAGGUACUGCAGCAACAAGUACUCAACAUCCAUCAACAGCGUCACCAGUUUAUGUUACUAAUAAUUCAUACGACUUAUCGACUGUUCCAAUUUCUACACUAAAGAUGCAUUCCGGAGAAAACGAUCAGAACAGAGGCUCAGAUGACACGGUGCAAGGCACGACUGUUGUUCUUGGUCUUUUGGGAGGUUUGUUGGUAGUCAUUUGUGUAGGUUUCAUAGCGAAGUGCACUUACGCAAAGAUUUUAAAAUCAAGAAACGAUGGACCUGUUAAUGUAAAUGCGAUUUGUACCAAUGAUGGGACAGCGGUUUCUCAACCUGAUSAUCGUCCAAACGGAUAUGCGGUUAGGACCAACAAUGUUCYAGAGGCAUCUCGCSCUGCACUUGUGAACAACCUUKGGCCAUGGACGUCUCGCCCUGAAGCUCCCUAUCCUUCAUAUGCGACUGUYACCAACAAUGUGACAGUGUCUUCUUGUCCUGAUGAUCCGCCUCCUUUGUAUGCCCUUGUAAGCAAACAUGGGKCAGGGGAUUCUCUCCCUGAUUAYCCSCCACCUUCAUAUGAGGAUGCGACAAAMCAAYGUGUAGCGGCAUCGURCCCUAAUGACCCUCCUCCUGCAUGCGUCGUGAGGACCGAUGACGGGACAAYAGGUUUGCGCCGUGAUGAUCYUCCUCUUGGAUGUGCAGCCACGACCAUYAUUGCCUAAUCAGCUUCGCGUCCUGGUUUUCYUCCUGUAUGUGUGAUAUAUGUUCUUAAUGGACCAGCGGCUUUAAAGUACAGCAAAAAAAGAGUAAAUCAUUUUAACAUGACUCAGUUCGCUGCACCUGACGGACUAAGCUUUAYAUGCAAAAAUUAUAAAUAAYAAGACUUUUAAGCAUAUUYCAGACMAGACACUGAGACCACAGACACGAGAAUUGUGUGUGUACGUAAUGCUAUGCUGUAAUUGGGUGACAAUGCAUCUUGUUUAAUAUAAGCAUGAAUUUGUUGGAAGUUGAAUUUUUUUUAAGAAAAACAACACAAAGAAAUAUUUUGCUCAGAAAUAUUUAUAAAGUUACAUGCGUAAAGCAGUAUUCUCUACAUUUGAGGAUUGUCGUAGUUUGUAUGCACUUAUGACAAAUAAUUAUUAUCACUUGUUUUUCAGUUUGGGCUUAGUUAUUGUUUUUUUUUUAAGUUACGUGUUGUAAUAUUGCUUUGUUAAAGUUGGGCUCCCUGUGCGCUUACCUAAGUACUUUUGACCAGCGGUUAUAGGAUAUCGAAAUGUGACCGCCAUCUUGGAUUGUAGGCAGUGUUUUAAGUAAAAUAAAGCCUAAAAACGGUCAA